AUGAGUGCCAUCAUGGCGUCGACACAUCGGUCGAUAUCUCUCUUGCUAUAUUCCAUUCUCACUAUUCUAUUGGUUUCAUUUUCCAGCGCAGCAGAGCAACAACCCCUUCUUAGCGAUGUAAACCGAAGUCCCAAAAGAGUUGCCAUAGUCGGAGCUGGAGCCGCAGGCUCAUUUACCGCAUAUCAACUGCGCAAGCUUGCAGAUGAGACGGAUACACCUGUCGAGAUCACGGUCUACGAGCGUGACUCCUAUGUUGGGGGUCGCUCAACGACAGUGAAUGUGUUCGAUGACCCGGCUUACCCUAUCGAGUUGGGGGCAUCGAUCUUCGUCCAAGUCAACUAUAACUUGGUCAACGCAUCCCGUGACCUAGGCCUGAAUGUCCACAGCGCUGACCAUGCGCGGCCCAGAGAGUCCGAUGAUAGUAUUGGAAUCUGGGAUGGCUCUCAAUUUGUGUUCUCGUUGAAGAAUAGCUAUAGCUGGUGGAACAUCGGCCGGCUUUUCUGGCGGUAUGGUAUGGCGCCAUUGCGAACCCAGAAACUGGUCAAGAGUACAGUUGGAAGGUUUCUGCAACUAUACGAGGAGCCAUUGUUUCCUUUCAAGUCACUUUCUAAUGCCACAGCUGCGGUCAACCUACUGAAUACCACAGCAUCGACCGGCGAUCAGUUCCUUCAUGCGAAUGGCAUCGACUCUCUCUUUGCGAGGGAGAUCAUUCAAGCGAGUACGCGAGUCAACUAUGGCCAAAAUUUGCCAUUGAUUCAUGGUUUGGAGUCGAUUGUCUGUAUGGCCACUGAUGGAGCCGUUUCGAUCAAGGGUGGCAAUUGGCGCAUCUUCGAUGGCGCUUUGACAGCUUCGGCUGCCGAUAUCAUAUUGAACACAACAGUCACUGACAUUGUGCGCAAUGGCGACGGUUCCGUGUCAAUCUCGUCAAAGUCAAACACUGCUACCACUCAGACCCACGAAACCCAUGAUGAAGUCGUCAUUGCUGGGCCUUUGCAGUAUUCCGGUAUCUCUGUUCAACCGCCUGUGGAGCGCACCCCGGAUGAGAUCCCAUACGUGAAUCUUCACGUUACCUUGUUUUCAUCUCCCCACCGUAUCUCACCACGAUACUUUGGUCAGGACUCGAACAGCCAAGUGCCUGAGACAAUCCUGACAACUCUUCCCGAUGGACUUGAUCUCGGAUCAAACCCCGCUGGUGUUGGUCCAAGUGGAUUCUGGAGCAUCAGUACUCUUCGCACAGUGGACCAUCUUGCAGCGGAGCCCGAGAGCACCCCGCAUUAUGUCUACAAGAUCUUCUCGCCAGAGCAACCGACGGCAGAAUUCAUCACCGCUAUCCUUGGCCUGGAAACCGCUGCCGUUGAGAAUGGAACCAUCGGGGACCUCUCGAAGAGCGAUGUGAGCUGGUACCAUGAGAAGCUGUGGAAUCCAUACCCCGUUCUUUACCCGCGCGUGACAUUUGAAGAGGCCUUGCUCGCCCCUAGUGUGUGGUAUACCGGCGGCAUAGAGAGCUUUAUAUCGACCAUGGAGACCAGCGCGCUUAUGGGUCGAAAUGUGGCCACCCUGAUGUUCCAAUCAUGGCAGAAGAAUGACGCGGAGACUGACCGCGGUGCUGUGCCCAAGGCAAAGACUGAGCUUUGA